AUGGCCGAGGCAUCUUGGUGGUACCGAGGAGGGACUUCCAAACAUGAUCUGCAUUACAGACGGGAAGCAGAAGUUAAUACCACAUUUGAGGAGCUGUUACUCUACUUUAUUUUUUUAAUAACUCUAUGUAUAUUGACAUUUGGGAUGGUCAAUCCACACAUGUACUACUUAAACAAAGUGAUGUCAUCUCUGUUUGUGGACACUGCCCUCCCAGACGAUGAAAAGAGCAGUUUUAGGUCCAUCCGAAGCAUAACCGACUUCUGGAAGUUUGUGGAAGGGCCCCUCCUGGAAGGCUUGUACUGGGACUCGUGGUACAAUAACCAGAAGUUGUACAAUUUGAAGAACAGCAGCCGCAUCUACUAUGAGAACGUUCUUCUCGGAGUCCCAAGAGUGCGGCAGCUGAGAGUCCGCAACAACACUUGCAAGGUCUAUUCCGCCUUUAAGUCACUGAUAAGUGACUGUUAUGGCAAAUACACAACUGAAAAUGAAGAAGUGUCUGAUUUUGGCCUCAAAAAUGAUACAGAGUGGAAGUACUCGACUUCUCCUGCCAACGCCCCUUGGCACUGGGGAUUUGUCGGUGUAUACCGAGAUGGAGGGUAUAUGUUCACAUUAUCAAAAUCAAAAUCUCACACCCAAACCAAACUCAUUGACCUUCGACUCAACAGCUGGAUCACAAGAGGGACCAGAGUUGUUUUUAUUGAUUUUUCCUUAUACAAUGCUAACAUCAAUCUAUUUUGCAUUGUCAGGCUGGUAGCAGAGUUCCCUGCGACAGGCGGGCUCCUCACCUCGUGGCAGUUCUACUCUGUGAAACUCCUCAGAUAUGUUACCCACUAUGAUUACUUCAUUGCAUCCUGUGAAAUCAUAUUUUGUAUUUUUCUGUUUGUCUUCAUAACACAAGAACUGAGAAAGCUGAAUGAGCUUAAGUCUGCCUAUUUCAAAAGUAUUUGGAACUGGCUAGAGAUGCUACUUUUGGCGCUCUGUUUUCUGGCUGUCUCUUUCUAUGCAUAUUGUCACAUGCAGAAUUUUCUCUUACUCGAACGGCUGUUGAAAAACACUGAAAACUACCCGAACUUCUAUUUCCUCGCAUACUGGCACAUUUACUAUAACAAUAUAAUCGCUAUUACUAUUUUCUUUGCAUGGAUAAAGAUAUUCAAAUUCAUAAGCUUCAACGAGACCAUGUCUCAGCUGUCAUCAACCUUGUCCCGCUGCAUGAAGGACAUAGUGGGGUUCGCCAUCAUGUUCUUUAUCAUAUUCUCUGCGUAUGCCCAGCUGGGGUUCCUUGUAUUUGGGUCACAGGUUGAUGACUUUUCCACUUUUCAAAAUUCCAUCUUUGCACAAUUUCGGAUUGUCCUUGGAGACUUUAACUUUGCUGGCAUCCAGCAAGCCAACUGGAUCUUGGGGCCCAUUUACUUCAUCACAUUCAUCUUUUUUGUGUUCUUCGUACUGCUGAACAUGUUCUUGGCGAUAAUUAACGACACCUAUUCUGAAGUGAAGGCUGACUAUGCAAUAGGCAGAAGACCUGAUUUUGAACUUGGUAAAAUAAUUAAGAAGAGUUACUUUAAUGUUCUUGAGAAACUUGGACUGAAGAAAGCUCAGGAUAAUGAAGAUAAGAAAAUGAAAACCACCGGAGAUUUGGCCCAGCAAGCCAGAAAAGAAGGCUUUAAUGAAAGCGAGAUCCAACAAGCAGAGCAUAUGAAAACAUGGAAGGAGAGACUUGAGAAAAAGUAUUACUCUACUGAAAUUCAAGAUGACUACCAGCCUGUCACUCAGCAAGAGUUUCGAGAACUCUUCUUAUAUGCUGUGGAGCUGGAGAAGGAAUUACACUACAUCAGUUUAAAACUAAACCAAGUGAUGAGAAAGCUACAAUAA